GUCGGGAUCGGGAUGUAAACCUCUACUUUUCUUUUCUCAAUACACCUCAACAUGGACACAAAAGACGUGGUGCUAUUGAAACUUAACGACAUUGCAGAAGUUUCUGUUCACUUGCAUGGAGCCACUAUUAUAUCCUGGAAAUGCAAGGCCCAAGAAGUGCUAUUUGUCAGUAAAAAUGCUUUGUUUGACAACAAAAAGGCCAUCCGUGGAGGAAUACCACUUGUUUUCCCUUGCUUUGGCCCAUGGGAAAAGGGACCUCAACAUGGAUUUGCACGCAUAAAAAGAUGGAGACAAGAUUCUGAACCAAAACAAAAUAAUGGUAGAGCCUCCAUGUCAUUUUCAUUGGAGGAUGAUGAAGAGACAAGAAAAAUAUGGGAUUAUAGAUUUAAACUUGUAUACAAUGUUGAUCUGGGAGAAAAUGAUUUGAAGCUAACUUUGACUGUCAACAACAAUGAUUCUAAGGCUUUUGAUUUCACCACUCUGAUGCACACUUACUUCAGAUGCCCUGACAUAGCAGAUGUGAGGAUUCAUGGAUUAGAAGGACUGCAGUACAAUGACAAGGUAGAGGGAGGCAAGAUAUCAACUGAAGAAAGAAAAAUGGUGACUAUAGACAAGAAUUAUGAUAGGGUUUAUAUGAAGUGUGGAGGUGACAAAGUGCAAGUGGAAAGUAUUGGUGAUGGGAAGAAAUCUGUCAGUUUGCUGCUGUCUAAUCUCACAGAUGUGGUUGUUUGGAAUCCCUGGGAAGAUAAAGCCAAAGCAAUGUCUGACUUUGGGGAUGACGAGUAUAAGACAAUGAUUUGUGUGGAAGCUGGAUCUGUAUCACAGUCAGUCACUGCUCCAGCGGGGGAGUCAGUGCUCUUCACCCAGACACUGAAACUGCAUUAACCUUGAGAAAUUUAGUGUAUUACUAAGUGCAAUAUGUUACACACGAAAGGACAUUUGGACCAUCAUUAUUCUUGAAUGUUUUAGUUUUUUUUCUGCUUUGUUAUUAUAUUUAAAUUUGUAUUUUUUCUUACAAAUAUUGAUCUAUUUUAUAUAUUCCAUAUACAAAGGUUUAUAUUUAUUAAUUAAUUAGAGUUAGUGCUCUUUGCAUAGAAUGUACCAAUUUUCUCUCGCUAGCAUUCCUAGACUAUUUGCUAAUUCUACAUAUAUGUAGUCUGCGUCAUUACGCAAACAGGUUUGGAAAUGAAAUUAUUGAAUGAC